CGCUGAACAAUCUUUAGGAUCAGAUCGAGAAGAAUUGUUGAAUAUUCGUAUCGAAUUUGAUAAAUUUUAUUAAUUAAAAUAAUUACCAAAAUUAAAAAUGGCUUGGGAAGGUAAAAAAUACAUGCUGGAAAAAAGCGAAUCUUUCGAUGAAUAUAUGAGAGAGAUUGGUAUGGGUUUUGUAUACAGAAGAGUUGCAAACUCGCUACAUCCAGUGUGCUCACUCCAGAAAAAUGGAGAUGAAUAUAGCUUUCAUACUGUAUCAAUAUUCAAAACUACAGUAAUAAAUUUCAAGCCAGGCGAAGAAUUUGAGUACGAGACAAUUGAUGGACGGAAAGUCAUGUCAGUAAUCACAAUAGAAGGAAAUACAAUGACUCAAAUUGAAAAAGGUGAAAAGGAGACUAAAAUUAUAAGAGAAUUCUCGGAUACGGAACUAGUUACCACAUUGAAAGUUAAUGAUAUUGUCGCCAAGAGAUGGUAUAAAGUUGCUGAUUAAGCUUCAUUAGAAAGGAAGGAAGAUAUGUCAAGAUUAUUGGAUGCAAUAAAGUUUAAUUCAUUU